AUGACCCGUUUCUUUUGCUGCGGGAGCUACUUCCCAGGCUACCCUUGCUACGGAACCAACUUCCACGGGAACUUCAGAGCUACCCCCCUGAACUGCGUCGUGCCCCUGGGCUCCCCCCUGAACUAUGGCUGUGGCUGCCACGGCUACAACUCCCUGGGUUACAGCUUCGGGGGUAGCAACAUUGGUUACCUGGGCUGUGGCUACGGCGGCAGCUUCUGCAGACCCUGGGGCUCAGGCUCUGGCUUCGGCUACAGCACCUACUGA